CGGGUCACCACCUCCCGGCUUUACGCAACCUCGAGGCUUGCCGCCCAGCAUGCAAGCCCACUUUGCGGAGUUUGAGAACCAGAUCCGGGCUCAACACCCAGAAAUGUCUCCUAAUGUGAUCCGUUCGACCGCGAUCAUGCGCUACGGCCAGUUGUUUAGGCAGAACCUGGGUAAGAACAGCGUGGUCCAACAUGCAAUGGACGCUGCGGCAGGCAGCAGCUCGCAACAACAAACUCACGCCAACGGGAUCCCGACGACCACCAGCCCACAGCAGUACGCGCAACUGUUGCGCCAGCAACAGCAGCAGCAGCAGCAACAAAUGGGUCAGCACACACCACAGCAAGUUGCCCCACAUCAACAGCAGCAACAGCAGCAACAGCAGCAGCAACAUCAACGGCAACCGAGUGGAAGCGCGACACCGGUACCGGGCAGAUAGAGUCCGGCCGAGAGACCCGGUAGUGCAUGAUUUGAUACAUGCAAGCCUGAGUGAGUUGAGGACGGGUCUUGGGGACUAGCAAGUUUUCACAGGAAGAGAGAAACGCCGUUCAACCUUGGAGGGAAACCCAGCCAUCGCCACAGGGUUCAGGAGUGGAGCGUUACAUUUAUGACAAGGAGGAUUGAGGAGGGAGCAGGACAAGUCGAGAGUGUCGGCGGCGGCUCAACAUCAGGACUCAUGGAGACGGAGUCAGCAGCAUACGCAGCAGGGCGAGUUUGUCACUUCAAGCGGCAUCCACGAGAAGCACCCAAUCGGGAGCACGAGUGAUGCAUGGCAGGACACCGAGCAAGAGGAGGGACGCAGAGACAUGCGGACCAGACCUGGCUAUUUGCCUGCGUUUAGAGCGCUGUGAGUAGAUUAGUAUCAUUGGCAAGAAAAGAAUUCAAUAGAGCUAGGCUACCUCAGCCAGCCGCC